UGCACAGGCCAAAAAAUACAAAAACAAAAAAAACUUGGCACCAUGAUGAAAUUUUACACAAAACCACUGCCGUAUUCGUUAGUCAUUUUAAUUGUUUCACAACAGUUGAAUUAACCCCUGGGGGUCCACCCCAAGCCAAUUCUGGAGGGUAGUAGGCAGAUCUAGGGGGGAUUUCCCGGGCACACAAGGGAAAGUAUUAUGGUAAAAAAUGGCAUACAGAUUUUUUUCUUUUGUGCAUGCCCCUUGCUGCAUUGUACACCAAAACUCCCAAAGAAUGGAGGAGUUGCUCCCCCCUCCUAACAUCCUAAUUGAUGGUCAUCAAAACCUCAGUUUUUUGGGGAUUUCAUCUCAACAGAGUCAUGAAUCCACUUCAUGUACUCAGAGUUUCCAUCUUUAAUGGCCAAAGUUAGGACCUCCGGGACGUCAUAUGGAUGAGACGUCUUAAUGAAGUUAAUAACGUUUUUCGCCAUAAGUUGUGUUGUCUUCAUAACCAUUAACGCUUCAGUGUCCUCCACGAUUUUCCCAUUCCAAAAAAAGAUAGAUAGCACUUUGGGGAUAAUGCUGACGCAAGCAGCGAGCUUUUUUGUGACAAGGGCUGUACUUAGAUUCUUCGCUAUCUCCAUUGAAGGGCAAGUUGUAAGGAUGAUGAUAGUAACUGACGAUGUUUGCAGCUCUAAUUCCGUGCUGGAACCAGAACGGUUAAUGAUGUGCCAGCAGAUGAACAAAGCGGCAACUUGCACCGACAAAAAUGUCAAAUACUUCAAUGUUGAAUCCAUAAUAACUAAUCAUUACUUUCGCUCAACUCUAUUUGCUAUUUUGAUCUUCAGUGGUAGAAAGGAAAUUAUUGUUAGACGUUCCUUGUAUAAAACGAUUGAAUAUCGACUAACAAUGUCGAGUAAGUUCGGUUUAAGUUCGGCAAUGUUUCGGAUAACAACAGUAGAAUUUCAAAAUGGCGGCUCACAGUGUAUAUAGUCUGCUUAGAAUUCAUCCGUUCCUGGUUGUACGAGCUGCAUUCUCCAUCACUGGUAGACAAAGUUUUAAAAGGGUCGUUGUUAUUAAUCAACAGAAAUCUUACGGUAUUCAUGAUAGCUCUGUGGGUGAUCAAGAAAACGGCAAACCUAGGAGAAGUAAGCCUGUAAGUGGGAAAGGAAAGUCUCGAAUACAGCAUUUCAGGAAAGUAAUGAAUCAGUUUGUCGUUGGAAGCAAGUCCCUAGGCUCCGAUGUGAAGCGUAUGGUUGGCAUUCGUAGAAAAUUAAAGGAACAUGGUUAUAACUGGGAUGCCUUAACGGCAGAUGAAACCCUACAUAUGACGCAAGUUAGACAAGAUUUGAUAAAGACAUUGCCAGCAGUUCUUGUGUUCUGUAUACCCUUUCUUGGAUAUGCUGCCCCAUUGAUUGCGUUUAUGUAUCCUAAACAUUUGUUAUCUCAUCACUACUGGCUCCCUUGCCAAGAGCAACAGUUCAGGGAUCACGAUGCAUUAAAACGAAGUAACCACUACUUACCACUGGUGAGAGAAGUUGGACGGCAGGCACUACAGGAGAAGAGAAAAGACAGGGACUUAGAGGACCUCCUUGAUGUCUCAUUAAAGACAAUUAACAAAAAGCAUCCAACAAAUGAGGAACUUCUGAAGUCGUCGGAUAAAUUUUCUGGAGUACUUGGAUUCAAUUCUCUUCCAAAAUACCACUUGAAAAGAUUAAGCCAUGCAUGGCUGCUGUGGCCUUGGUUACCAAGACGACUGUUGCGUGGUAAUUUGAGAAGAAAACUUGCAUCAAUAAAGAAAGAGGAUGCUGCCUUAAAAAGAGAUGGCCUUGACUCACUUGAUGAAAUUCAGAUCAAAAGGCUCUGUCAUCGCCGAGGAUUACAAGUUCAAAACUUAGGGCACGAAGCACUGAAGGCGUGGCUAACAGAGUGGGUGGAGCUUGCAUCCCACUCCUCAGAUCAUGAUGACUCAUUCCUGGCUCACAUUGCUAUAUACAAGACCAUGAACUAUCACAGAAAUCCCUCCAACAAUACUCAAAGCUAGAGAUAUCCUUAGCCAGCAUGAUAUCUGCUGCUUAUUGCACCGAUUUACUCCUCUCGGAAAGUUGGUGAACGACAACCCCUUGCGUAUUGGUGGUGUUGUCCUUCCACAGACAUUUAGAAGAGAGAUUCAAGCAUUGCUAAAAAUCACAGCUGAAUUUUAAAUAAUACAAGUACAAACCAUAGAUGCAAAGAAAGACCUAUCACGAAUCGCUAUAUUUUACCAAAAUGUUUCAUUAUUCAAUGAUGUUUAAUAUAUUUUCUGGCAAUCAUAUUUGCACUUAUGUAGAUAAGUAUAAGUAAUUGCUUUAUAUUAAUUAGUGUGAAUAAUGUUUUUAUUGGUAACAGGAUUUGCAUGGAAUUCCAGCCAAUGGGAUCCUUUGCUACAUAGGGCACAUAAUUACCAAAAAAUAAUUACAAACCUGGGAAAUUAGAUGUCAAAAUAAAAGGGGAAAGAAAA